AUGAACAUGCAACCGCCCACGAUGAACUGUGUCGAAAGCGACACCGAAACUCUACUGACGAGUUACCCAGCAUCGAGCUUCUCGAGACCAUCCUCAAUCUCGUCCGCUCCGUCGUCUUUGGCAGUGACCUCUGACGCCGACAAGCCCUUCGUCUCAGGUGCCCCCGUCUCCUCGCUCUUUGAGAUUCGUGACACCCCAACGGCCGGCCGCGCCGUCUUCGCGACCCGGGACGUCGCCGCCGGCACCCUGCUGUGGCGCUCCGACGACCUCACGCUCUCAGUCCUCCUACGGGAGUACAGGCGCGAGGUCUGCGGGCAGUGUUUUGCUUACGAUUACGGCAGAGACCUGCCCAUACGUGACCAGACUGUCGGUUUCGCCUUUUGCUCCGAUGAAUGUCGGGAACAGUGGAGGCGGGAGACCGGCGAGGUAGGUGUCCAGGCUUGGACCGAGGUGAGUACGCUGGUCAAGAAGAAGGGCAACAGCGGCAGUAAAGACAGGAACGAAAUGGUGGACAUCGCCGCGCCGAGACCCGCGGCAGAGGACAUCGCGCAGGCGUGGCAAGCUACCAAGGGGCAGGCGGAGCUGAUUCGCACAGUACGCAUGGCAGAAUCGGCUGGCCUCGGCGGCCUAGAGACGGCGGCAGACGGCGGCAAGGGCAGCGGCGGCAUGCCCAUCACAAAGCAACACCGCAAGGCCGUUCAGAAAGCACUCCAGCAGCCCGUCACACCGGACAUCAUGAACUUCUGCGUGGGCAGUCUCGUCGUCCUGUACAACCACCCUAAACGGUGGGAGCACGUCCUCUCCCUCGCCGUGGACUCGACGCCGUACAUCGACACCGACGACCUGCACGCCUUCACCGCCACCUACCUGCAGCUGCUCGCGGUCCUCCCCUUACCCUUACUCUCGCUCGUCACGCCCGAGUCCCUCUUCCUCAUCUCCUCGCGCGACAACCACAACGCGUUUGGCAUCCGGUCCCUCGAGGACGAAGGGUCCGAGCUCUUUGGGUACGGUUGCUGGCCCGCCGCCAGCUACUGGAACCAUUCGUGUGGCCCGAACAUCGAGAAGAGGAGGGAGGGCAGGGUGUGGGAGUUCCGAGCUGGAAGGGAUAUCGGCAAGGGGGAGGAGAUGUGCAUCACGUACCUGGGAGGAGAAGAGAAGAAGUGGUCGAGAGAGAAGAGGGUUUCGACCUUGAAGAGAAACUGGGGUUUUGAGUGCGGAUGCCAAAGGUGCGAGGGCGACUUGCCAUGA